AUGAAUCAGAAAAGAAGGAAGGAUGAGUGGUUUAGACUUUUGAACCAAUAUCCUGUUCAAAGUACAAAAAGUGAUGAUUCUUGGGUCUUGGUAAAGAGGAAGGAUGACAGUAUUAUGGUUGGUAGGGCUGUAGGAACUCAAAAACAGCCUGAUAUCAUUACAAAUGAAGAAGAAAAUGCUCUUUACUGGAGUAUCAUUGAAGAAGAAGCCAACAAUGCUGAUAAAGUGACUGUGGAGACUAUGGAAAUGGCCAAUCCUGUUGCUAGCUCUAACUACACUUUCCGUAUGGAGCAAAAUUUAAUGCUUGAGGGUAUUAGGUCUAUCCUAAAACAAUAUCACCUUCAUCACCUUAAUAAAUCACAUAACUUGGAUAUGAUUUUUCUUUCGGAAACGAAAGUUAAUACACAUACUGUUGAAAAAGUCUUCAAAAGAUUGAAAGUUAAAGAUUGGUUUACUAUGCCUUAUAUUGGAAGAUCUGGAGGAUUUGCCAUUGCUUGGAACCAGGGAGUUCAUGCUAAACUUAUUGUUUUCAAAAACAAUGUUUUCCAUUUUCAAGUGAUCAAAGAUAACAUGAAUGUGUUUAUUACUUUUAUUUAUGGAGCUUUAGAUAACAAUCUUAGAGAUGACCAAUGGAAUUUUAUUAAAAGCGUUAGCUCUGUAAAUACCCCUUGGGCUAUCAUAGGUGAUAUGAAUUUUAUAUUGCAUAAAGAUGGCAAAGAGGGAGGUAAUAGUCCCUCUACUAGUAGUUUUGCUUACAUGUUUCAUUGUAUCCAACAUUUAAGAUUGGUUGAUCUUAAUUUUACGGGUCUCCCCUUCACUUGGACUAAUAAAAGAACAGGAAACCAGUAUAUUCAGGAGAGAAUUGACAGAGUUUCAGUGAAUCAUAAAUGGCUAGAAUUGUUUGUGAAAUCCAGUAAUAAGCAUCUUACUAGGAUAGUGUCCGAUCAUUCCCCAAUACUACUUGAGACUCUUCCACAUCAUGAUAAAUUGGAUAGGACCUAUAGAUACAUGAAGUGCUGGGUAGAAUACAAAGAUUAUAAGAAGGUGUUGAAAAACUCUGUUCAGAAAACCAAGGAAAAUAAAAGUAAUCUGUUUAAGACAUUAAGAAAUUUAGAAUAUGACCUUAGAAUUUGGAACAAAAAGGAUUUUGGCAACAUUUUUAAGAACAUUUCUAACAUCCUAGAGAACAUAGAAGAGGAAAAUAAGAAACCUUAUAGUUUGGAGACAAAAAGCAAAAUUGAGCAGUUACAGAAUGAGCUAGCAAAUUGGUAUGAAAUAGAAAAUUUUUUUUGGGGCCAACAUUUUAAAGAAAAAUGGAUAAAUGAAAAUGAUAAUAAUACGAAUUUCUUUCACCAAUAUGCUUCUGAUAGAAAUAGGUAUAACAUAAUUCAUACCCUUAGGGAUAGCACAGGGUUGUGGAUAGAAGGACAACAACAAUUAAGUCAACUCCUCACAAAUUAUUUCAAGAAUAUUUCAAGCACUAGUAAUAACAACAUUGAUCCUAUAUUCAAUAACAUAUUAACCCCAUUGAUUGAUGAUAAUGAUAAUGAUAGGCUUCCUAAUAUCCCUGAGGACAAUGAAAUUAAAGAUGCUUUAUUUUUGAUGAAUGCUUGGAGGGCUCCAGGUCAAGAUGGUUUCCCCUCUGGUUUUUACCAACAACAUUGGGAUUUACUUAAGGAUGAUAUUAUUAGCUGGGUCCAAAAAGUUUUUAAAGACAAAGGCUUGAAUGGAACUUCAUUACGUUUGUUUUCAAAAAAAUUUGGUUUGUCAAAUGAUUUAUGUGAUUUUCUUUAUAAUUGUAUCUCCACUGUUUCGUCGGCUGUGCUUGUUAAUGGUUCUCCGGGUGAAUUUUUUUUUCCUACUAGAGGAAUUAGACAGGGUGACCCUAUGUCACCCUACAUCUUUAUCAUUUGCAUGGAAGCUUUCUCUAAGCUUCUUUCUCAUGCUGAAAGCACGGUCAAGGUUACUGGUAUAAAAGUUAAUAAAAAUUGUCCCUCUGUUUCCCGUUUCUUUUUUGCGGAUGAGUCCUUUUUAUUUACCACUGCUUCUAUUGUUCAGGCUAUAAAUCUUUUGGAUACUCUUAGUAUUUUUAGUGAUUCAUCUGGGAAGAUUGUUAAUUAUCAGAAGUCUGGCAUUUAUUUUAGCAAGAAAAUUGAAAACAAGCAUUGCAAAUUGUUAGCUAGAAUUCUUAAGGUUGGUAGAAUUACUAAAAAUGACACUUACUUAGGUACACCCUUGUUCUUCAAUAGGUCUAAGAGUUUCAAUUAUCAAAAUUUCCUAGAUCAAGUCUACAAUAGAGUUCAGGGUUGGAAAGCCAAAUUUCUGUCCCAAGCGGGAAGAACAAUCCUGAUUUGCUCAGUCACUAGUGCAAUGCCUAUGUACCAAAUGAUGUGUUUUCUCUUACCUAAUAAAACUUUAGACAAACUGAAUGCUCUUCAAAGGGAAUUCUGGUGGCAAAAAAACAAAAACAAUAGAGGUUUGCAUCUUAAAUCUUGGGAUUUCAUUUGUACUAGUAAAGCUAAUGGAGGUUUAGGGAUUAAAAGUUCUCAUAAGUUUAAUCUUGCUUUGCUCACCAGAGUUGCUUGGCGUCUUAUUAAGAAUCCUGAUAAGUUGUGGAAAAUCACUGUUGGAGGAAAUGGUAAAGAUAUAGAAGUUUGGUCUGAUAAAUGGCUCCCUCAAGGGGAAAUUCCUAAACCGAAAAGUAAUGAUUUUAUGCAUCUAAUCUCUAAAGUGUCUGAUUUAAUGGAUGAUGAAGGAAAAUGGAAUUCCCAACUCAUUCAUCGUGUGUUUGAUAAAGACUCCAGGAAAAAGAUUAGUAUGCUUGAUAUUGUUUAUGAUGGCACUAAAAAAGAUACCCUAAUAUGGAUUGGUACAAAAGAUGGAUCUGUUUCUGUUAAGUCUGCUUAUAAUUUUCUGUGUGAUAGAAAUCAUGUCAACACUCCUGUUGAAUGGAAAAGAAUUUGGAAACUCAAUAUAAUGCCUAGAGUUAAAAUCUUUUUGUGGAAAACUUUAAGUGAAUGCUUGCCUGUUAGAGAGUUAUUGGGAAGACAUACUCCCAUAGACCUUCAUUGCCCCUUGUGUAAUAAUUAUGUUAUUGAAAGUGUUAACCAUAUUUUCACAAAAUGUAUUUUCUCUGAAGCUGUAUGGAGAGGGCUAUCUUUCUCUCAUCAUUUCUACUCUGCAGUUAAUUUGUCUUACAAGGACUGGUUUCUUGUGUGGCUAAAUGAUAGGGAUAAUAUAGAUUUUUUUUGCUUAUGUUCUCUGGUAUAUCUGGAAGUACAGAUGUAG